AUGGCCGACCCCACCGACAGCAAGAAAAGCAGUCUGCGAGGCAAGCCUAGUCAGGACAAUGACUUCAUCCAUACAAUCUGCUGGGAUAUUUUGAUGAGACAUCUCGGUCAUGGAGUUUUUGACUUCAACAAGUUGCUUCGAAUACUGCUUGAAGAGGCGCCUCUUUCACCAAGGUGGCCAGGUAAGGAAAUCUUCCAACAUUGA